GGAAUAGGGAAAACCCUCUCGGGGUGGGGAAUAAAACAAUUUUCCUGGGGAUUUACUCGUCACUGGGUAGAGGAGAUCUCAUUAAAUAUUCGAGUGAUGAGUGUGUUGCCAAUAUCUUCGCCAAUUUCACGUCCAGCUAAUAAUCGGAUUGGAGCUCAGGAUGUUGUUGGCACUGCUAAUGCCGCCAUUGGGUACAGACUGCACGAGCGAACUCGUCAUAAGCUCCACCGGAGUAACAAGUGCAGAGGAGAAUACGUUCAAGUGCAGCAGCAGCCGGGGAAAAUCGAGGAACGUCUCAUUCAGCAUCAAUAUAGCGAGGGUGAUGAUUCUGGUCGAGCUUUGGAGACUGGGAGGAGCUUUUUGCCGAGGAUCAACAACAGUUCAAUUAUUCCUAUGAACGAUAAACGAGCCGGCGACGAGGUCUUGCGAAUUGAGGAGAGAGAACUACAAAACUUUAUCAAUAUGCGGGAGUUUGAGGAGAGAACUGAUAAGAUCAUUGCCCUCAACAGAGUCCGAGAGUUUAUUGAACAAGGUAUGAUGGCACACGAGGAAGACAUCAAUAUACGACGUGAGAAGCUACGACACAUGUUGGAGAAGGAGGACAGUGAAUUGAUGCGAGAAGUCGUGAAUCAGGUACACAGUUGUGAGAAUGCCAGGCGAGAGGAAAUAAGAAUUCGUGCUGAGGGGAAGAAACGAGAGGAGGAGGAGAAUCGAAGGAUGCUGAUAACGAGCAAACGGAGACAGCAGUAUUUGGAAAAUUGUCCAGAGACCCGAGAAAGAAUUUCUCGGGAUAUAGCGCGGGGUGUAAAGUAUUCCAACUUGAUUCAGAUGUUGGAGAAGGAGACGCUGAGGCAGGAGGAAAGAGAGCUUGACGAGCUGUGGUAUCAGAUAAUGCUGAGAGAGAGUGAGAAUCUGAAGAGGCAUGAUGAAGAGGUGAUGAGAAAACGAAUUAUGGUGGGUAAAACGACUGGAUUAAUUUUGGAGCAGCAGAUAGCUGUGAGGUCAUCAUCGAGCGGUCAAGUGCAGAGAUUACGGGAACAAGAGAAACUUGAAUUGGAAGGUUUGUGGGACGAGGUGAGGGCUGAAGAAGUACGUAACUUGGCGCAUGAGAGGGGAAAGCGUGAGAGGCUUAAGGGUGAGUUGGAGGAGCAGCUGAUGGUGGCUAGGAGGCGUAUGGCGGAGCAAAGUCGUCAGCAGGCCGAGGUCGAGAGGUUGCUCAAGGUCGCCAAUGAAGAGGAGCUGAGGAAGGAGAAGGAGGAGAUUGCAAAGAAUACCGAGUAUUUGAGAAAGGAGAUGAUGGCGUAUAUGAGGAGUCUCGAGGACUUGCGGGCGGUGGAGAUGAGGAGGGAGGCGGAAGUUAAUGCAAUUAUUGAGGAAUCAGCUAGGGAUGCUGGGGCGAGACGUGAUCUUGCAUCGAAGCGGUACAAGGAGGGGCGCAAACGUAUUUUGGAAAAUUUUAUGGUUGAGAGGGAUGAGCAAAUGCGGUUGAAGAGAGAGUAUGCAGAGGGGGAGAGGAGACGACUGGAGGAGGAGAGGCAUUUGUGCAAGAGGGAGGCUGAGGUUGGUGCAGCUUAUGGUCAUGCUGAGGCCAUGAGGAGACGGGAAAUGGCGUUGCACUAUGGCCAGGAGUUGCAAGCUCAGCGACAGUACGAUGAGGAGAAGAAACGCCGGGAGGUGGAUAGAGACAGAGUGGUGUACCGUGAUGCACUGAGAGAGAAUGAAGAGUACAUGAAACUCACCGAAGAAAUGGUUAAUGCACCAGAAAUCAUUGCACCGAGCGCAUUCAAAAUUAUGCUGAAAGAAUACAUGGCUCGACGUGACGCACAACAAAAAAUCCUUUGUGGCCACCGUCCUGUUUCUCUAUCCUCUGCACCUCCUCUCCAGCACUAAUUUACACCAGUCGGUUGUAUUUGCUUGUUUGU